UUUUGUUUUUUUUUUUUUUCACACAAAAGAAAAAAGAGGGAAAAAUAGAGAGGGAGCAAGAGAGAGAAGAAAAUUCUAGCAUUCCCUGAGAGAAAACUGCAUUGGGAGUUCCCUUUGCAUGUCUCUCCUCCUUCGAUGGGUUGUGGGGUUUCAAAAUUUGACCACGCAGUAGGAGGAGGAGGAUGGCGUCAAUUAAGCAUUGUUCAUAAAAAGAGUGACGCUGCUGUGGUUGAUAACAUCCUAUUAUCCAAGUCAUUGCCUGAAGGUAGGGAAGGAGAAGGCCAUGAAAAGGGUCGUGGUAUGCAUAAAAAGGCGAAUUCCGAUGAAAAAGGAGGGAUGCAAAAGGGAAGGCUUCAAAGUAGUAACAAGGAUGAGAGCCUUGAGGACGAUGGAUAUAUACCUCAGUCUCUAAGCUUCAGGGUAUACUGCAUUUCAUCUUUGGAGGAUGACAACAACCAAGAGAAGAUGACGGACAAACAAGAAGGGCACGGUGAAAGUAACAAGGGAUCAAGUACUCGAGUGAGAAGGAGAGCUAAGAUAGGAAAAGGAAUCAAGACGAUUUUAAGAGCAUAAGGUGUGCAAAUUGCAGGGUUUGGUUUGUUGGUGAGAUAC